AUGGUCUUUAAUCUGCUUUCUGACGCUCCCCCCGUGUCCAAUUGUCUGGAUGGUUCCGCCAUUGAAAAGCUCCGCGCGGGGGGAGCUUCCGCCGCGCACCCCCCGUGGUUCCGCACAUGCCCUCCGCAAAACCCUUCCCCCGGCGCUUCCGCUGGCGCAAGCUCCGCCGCCGCCGCUUCCGCCGCCGCCCCCGCCGAUGCUGCUGCUGGGGGAAGCGGGAAGCUUGAGUCCUGCGUGGUGUCUCCUUACCCGGGCCACGUCAUCAUGCUCCGUGACGUGUACAUCGAUCUGCACGGCCACGUGUUCAACAGCACGCACCGCUUCGUCUUCGGCGGGGGUCCACGUGGGUCCGACGUGUCCGGAAAACCCGGAACAGGCGCAGCGGGUUCCGUGAAACCAGGAGAGAGCGCUGCGAGCGAGUUCUCUUAUCAAAAGGGGACUACAGCGGUGGUAUACGAGCACGUGUUGCAUCUCUUUCCCCCCCAUAUAAGCACAUCCGCGCACACGCGCGCGCACGGGGAAGCAGCAGGCGCGGAGGGGGAAGAGCGCGGGGAGGGGCGCGAGGCAAGGGGGGAGUCGCUCUUUGGCUUCGACCUUGCUUCGCGGGCUCUGCACGCUCCCCCAAAGUUCGGCCACGGGGGAGGGGACGAAGCGAGGGAGGCACACCCCCUCUUCGUGCACUUCCUCUUUGUCGUGAGUGCUCCUUCUGCUGCCAUUGAGUUGAGAGUUGACUUUGAGGUUAGUUUGGGCACGGAGGAGGAGGGGAGGGGGAGACGGGGCAAGGGAGACACACCCCCUCUUUGUGUCCGCUUCAACCACCCUCCCCUUGUUCCCCAUCUCCCCCCCCCUUUUCCCCCUCUCUCCCCCCAACGCACCCGCCACUUCCUCCCCCCCUACGGCCUUCCCCCCUUCAUUCUAUCCUUCUAUCCUUCCUGUCAUUGUGUAUCUUUCUGCUCUUGUCUCACUUUCACACCCUCCUCCCCCCUUCUCCCCUCCCCCCCAAUUCAUCUCCCCUCCCCCCCUCACCCACACCCCCCCUCACCCACACCCCCCCUCCCCCCCAGGCAGCCCUCAGACCUCUCCUGCCCCUCCCCUUCCCCCUCCCUCCUCCGCCUCCCCCGCGCCCGCCCCUUCCUCCCCCUCUCGUUCCUUCCCUCCUUCCUCCCGGCCUCCCUCCCCCUCGCUCCCCUCUUUCUUCCCCUCUUUAUGCAGCCCUCAUUCCUCUCCUGCGCCUCCCCCUCCCCCUCUCUCCUCUGCCUGGCCCGCGCCCGCCACUUCCUCCCCCCAGACGGCCUCCCCUCCUUCCUCCCCUCCUUCAAGCCCCACUCCCCCCCGCCCCUCUUUCUUUCCGCGGAUGGGCUAUCAGCAGGGGGGGAGUGGCUGGUGGUGGUGGUGCGGACGGGGUUAGGGGGAGCGGGGGAGAGUGGGGGGGGAGGAGGGGGGAUGGGGGGGGUGGUGGAGGAGGAGGAGGAGAUUGAGAGGGUGGUGGUGGAGAGGUUUGGAUCGGAGAGAGUGGAGAGCUACCAAGGCCACAUGGGCAUGGACGAUGUCAAGAAGCUGUUUAAUAGAGCUCGCCUUCUCAUCGGCCCUUCCAGCCUCGCCCUCUCCUCACUCCUCUUCCUGCCCUUCAAUGCCGUACUUCUCGAGCUCCUGCCUCCUCCGCUGCUAAACACUUCUGCUCCUGCUGGCUCGGCUCUAGACCCUGAAGGGUUUGGCACGCUGGCAGCAGCAGCAGGGAUAGUCCGAUAUGCCGUGCCCUGUGAUCCUUCCCUGAAGGGCCCUGCUGGUGGUGCUGCAGCAGGGGCAGCAGGGGCAGCGGCUGAGUCAGCAGGAGCAGUGGGAUUGGGCACCAGGUCAGAGAAAGACGAAGGGCCGCAACCCUCCCCUUGGUACGAGUUGAACGAGCAGCAGUGGGACGAGCACAGGGAGAAGAUUGCUGCAGCCGAGGGCGGCACAGGGGCGUUCGAAACGCGGCUGUUUAAUCUGACCGUGCUGCCUGAAAAGGACGAGACAGAGGGGGCGGGAGGAGGGGAAGGAGGAGAAGGAGCAGGAGGGGGUGUGAGUGAGGAGGGGAGUGGGAACAAGACAGCAGAGGGGAAGUCCCGUGCUCCUCCUCUGUUUCCGGAUUACUCGGAUCAUAUUCCCGGCACUCGCCUGCACACCAAGCGACAGGUGGUUCUUUUCAACAAGUGGAUGGAGUGUGUGUUGAGGGAGGGGAGGUGGGUGUUUAACGCCACGCCUCGCACUCUCCCCUGGGAAUACACGGGGUUUAUGAACAUGUGCGAUCACAAGCAGGUGGAGAAGCGCAAGGGGAAAGCGACGUGGGGAGCCGAUGAGCUGGUGUUGAAAGGGACGAGUCCGGAUAAGUGGACGGUAAGAGAAACACUUAAGUACGAGUAUUUGGUUCCGGAGGAUAAGUGUGGGGCUGCGGCGCUUAAGAAAGUGGUAGAGGCAGAGUUAGGUCCGGAAGCUGCUUCCGCGGGUGGUGCUGCUGGGGUAGAAGAUACAAACGAGGAGGUUCCAGUGUGGAAGAAAUUUGACGGGCUGAAUUUUUGCAAGCGGGCAGCUGGGGCAGCCGAAACAAGGCGCGACAGGCUCUGGAGCAACGACUCAUCCUCGGUAGCAGCGGCAGCAGCAGCAGCAGGGGAGCGGUGGAUGGAUGAUCCUCGGAGAAUGCACAAGGGAUUCACAGUCUACAUCGUAGGAGACUCCCUUCAGAACCUGUUUGCAGCCACGUUUCUCAACCAUAUGCUGUGGCACGUUAAGAAGAGUGCGGCGUGGGCUUUAAACCGCACGAUUUGCUAUCAGUGGGUGGAGCAUAAACCGCACGUGCACUGCCAUAUGAACUUCUUCAAUACCUCGCAGGACGUUUGCCCUGGGGCUUUUGCUGGUGAUCCUGCUGCUGCUGGUAGUGGCGGUGGUGGUACUGGUCCUGCUGCUGCUGGUGCUGCAGGUGCUGCUGCUGCUGAUCCUGCUGCUGCCGCAGCAGGGGGUAUCGGCACGAACGGCAGCAGCAGCAGCGACGCCGGUGCGUUCGCCAUGCAUUUCACCUCCAACCGCUGGCUCACAGUGGGAGACACAUUCGUUGCCAAAGAAAGCGUUCCCUGGUCCCAGCACGGCGCAUUAGUAGACUCUGACGUGCUCCUAAUCAAUAGAGGAGCCCAUUUUACUGAUGACGAAGCAUAUUGCUUUGCUGGUUCUCAGAAUGUGAAUGGCUGGGUUGAAGCCUGGAUGCCAGUGAAAGCAGCUACCUAG